AUGACCGUACAACAGAAAGUCCCGCCUCAAGAAAGGCUGCUCUUCGCGACCACGGCAAGGUCCAUUGCAGACAGCACAGCACAGAUUGUCGACACAUCGCGUCAAGCACUUGAUCAUCUCGGAGCGACGACCUGUCCACAAUCAGCCAGCUUCGACAAUGUGCUUCUCCCACUGGUUAAUGUCAGAAAUGCCAUCGCCACCAAAGCUGGUAUUCUAGGCUUCUACAAGGAGGGUUCCAGCGAUGCAAGUCUGCGAGAUGAAUCGGUCAAAUCAAAGUUACUAUUCGACAACUUCAACAACGAGAUUGCGAUGCAAGAAGACCUGUUCCUGCUCAUCGACGCAGUGUUCAAGAAGAAUGAGACUCUAGACCAAGAGUCCGAGCGACUGCUCCGUAGAGAACACCGAACUUUUCACGACAACGGACUGGGUCUUCCAGCAGCUGAUCGCGUCAGGUUCAGUGAGAUAAAAACUCGUAUCAACAAAGCUACAAGCGAAUUUCGCAGGAACAUGAAUGAGGAGAACGAACAUGUCGACUUCACUACCCAAGACUUGGUAGGGGUGCCUGCACAUGUCUUGGAUAGUACUUUGCUAGACGAUAGCACAGAUGACGAAAAGAUCUUUCGCCUCACCUUCCAGCCAAACCACUUUUAUCCCACUAUGAGAUAUGCGCAGUUGGAUGAGACUCGAAAACGGUACAUGAUCGGAUACGAGACUCGUUGCGCGGACAACGUGUCGUUGUUCCAGGAGAUUGUACUCCUCCGCGACGAAGCUGCUCGUAUGCUCGGUUAUGCCAGUCAUGCCAAGUGGCGUACUAGAAGCCUAAUGUCAGGAACACCAGACAAUGUGAUGGCAUUUCUGAAUGAUCUCAAAUCACAACUCCAGCCUGGUCUUCAGAACGACCUUGAUGCUCUCAAGAAGCUCAAGUCCGAUCAUUUGGCGGCUCAGGGAAUGGAGUUUGAUGGCAAAUUCUAUGUCUGGGAUAUCUCCUUUUACCAUCGACUCCUACUCGAAGCUCAGUACAAAAUCGAUCAGAAGAGGAUCGCAGAAUACUUCCCGAUUCAGACGGUUGUUCCAGCAAUGCUGCAAAACUUCCAGCAGCUCUCCGGUCUAGUGUUCCAAGAGGUUUCUCGUGACAUAAGCGAUCUCACGGAUUUGAACCAGACUUGGCAUGACGAUGUCCAGGUGUUCGAUGUCUGGGACAGCGACGAGAUUGGUGGCGGCUUUCUAGGCUUCUUGUACCUCGACUUGUACUCACGCGAAGGCAAAUACGGCAGCGCUGCCAACUUCAAUCUGCAACCGGGCUACAUCAAACCAGACGGUUCACGUCACUAUCCAAGCACAGCUCUCAUCUGCAAUUUCAACAAACCCACUUCGGAUAAGCCCGGUCUACUCAACCACAGCGAUGUGGUCCUGCUUUUCCACGAAUUGGGUCAUGGUAUCCAUGAUCUGGUUGCCCAAACCAAGUAUGCUUGUUUCCACGGUACUGCUUGCGCAGACGAUUUCUGCGAGGCACCUAGCCAAAUGCUAGAGCGAUGGUGUUGGGAAGAGCCUCAGCUGAAAGCUAUGAGUUGCCAUUACUCAACUUUGACACCUGAGUACCGUGAUCAUUGGAAGGUUCAUGGUUGUACAGCAGAUACAGUUCCACCGAGCAAGAUCCCUACAGAGUUGGUUCAGGCUUUGGUAAGGAGUGAGAAUGUGAAUGCAUCUCUGACUAACAUGCGAGCUCUAUGGCGCAGUGCAUUCGAUAUGAAAGUCCACAGCCCGACUGACAGAAGGAGCUUGGAGGAUAUGGACAUCACUCGCGAAUUCAAUAAGCUUCAACGAGAAAUUGUUGGCCUAGAUGAGCCUGCAGAUGAGGAAUGGGGCCAUGGACACGCACACUUCUCACAUCUGAUUGGAGGCUAUGAUGCAGGUUACUAUGGAUACCUCUAUUCGAGGGUGUUUGCAUCAGAUAUGUUUUCGGCUGCCUUUAGUAAGGAUCCUAUGAGUCGGGAAGUGGGAUUGAGGUAUCGUCGAACAGUCCUAGAAAAAGGCGGUAGUGUGGAUGAAAUGGCCUUGCUGAGGGAAUUUCUGGGAAGGGAACCCAAUUCUCGUGCUUUUCACGAAGAGCUUGGGAUACGAAGUUGA